ACCGUCCCGCGGUCUCCGCCGGCCGCCGUAACCGGAACUGCUGCGGAGCGCGGCGGGCCGAGCGUCCCGGAGGCUGAGGCGCCGCUGCACGGACGCCCGCAGCCCCGUCAGUCGCUCGCCGGUCCGUGGAGGGGACGUGCUGGGCGAGCGCCAGGCGCAGUGCCGCGCCGCCGCAGCUUCCGAGGCGGUGGGACAGGACCGGCGUCGCGGCCUCGCUGCGUCUUGCGCUCGGGGUCGAGGCUGCCCGGCCCGGCGGUUCUGCGGGCGCUCGCCGGGCCGCGGGCGGAACGCCCCCGGGAGCCCGGGAAGCCAGGCUGCCGCGAGGCGUUGAUGAAAGAGGAUGACAGUGAAGUUGGGAGACGGCAGCAGCGGGGAGGAAGGGCUCAAAAAGCUGGGCAAGCGAGCGGCCGAUGAGGAGUCCCUGGAAGGAGAAGGGGCUGGAGGAGGAGAAGCGGCCGAGGAGACCAGCGGCACAAAGAAGGAGGAGAGCCCCAGCACGGGCAGCGACGGCACCCAGGCGCCCACCAGUCUGCCGCAGGCCCCGUGCCCCCUGCAGCUCUCCUCCCCGGACCAGCAUCACUUCCUCCGGUCCAGCGUGCGGCCGCAGGGCAAGAGGCUCAGGAAGGACUCGUCCUGCGCUGUGGGCAGCAGCGGUGCCGGCGGCUCCGGGGCCCGGGGAAAAGGAGCCGACGGCAGUGGAUCGGCGUCAGGAAAUGGGCCCGGCAUCUCCUCCAGUGCCCCCGUGGGGAGCUCGCGCUCAUCCUCCCGGAACUUAGGUCCGUCGGCUGGCGAGAAGGAGGAAGGCAAAAAGGUCCGGCGGCAAUGGGAGUCGUGGAGCACCGAGGACAAGAACACCUUCUUCGAGGGGCUGUAUGAGCACGGGAAGGACUUUGAAGCGAUUCAGAACAACAUCGCCCUGAAGUACAAGAAGAAGGGCAAGCCCGCCAGCAUGGUCAAGAACAAGGAGCAGGUCCGGCACUUCUACUACCGCACGUGGCACAAGAUCACCAAGUACAUCGACUUCGACAGUGUGUUCUCCCGUGGACUCAAGAAGUCUUCCCAGGAGCUCUAUGGGCUGAUCUGCUACGGCGAGUUGCGGAAGAAGAUCGGGGGCUGUAUGGACGACAAGAACGCAGCCAAGCUGAGCGAACUCAUCCAGGUCGGGGCCACCACAGUGCGUCACAAGGGGCGGAACCUGCGCAUCAAAGCACCCAUGUGCCGGGCCCUGAAGAGGCUCUGUGACCCCGACGGCCUGAGUGACGAGGAGGACCAGAAGCCCGUGCGUCUGCCCCUGAAAGUCCCCGUGGAGCUGCAGCCGCGGAACAACCACGCUUGGGCCCGCGUGCAGAGUCUGGCCCAGAACCCACGGCUCAGGAUGAUCGUGGAGCUCCACCGGAAGGUCUCCAGCCUCAUCGAAUUCCUAAAGCAGAAGUGGGCGCUCCAUGAGGUCCGAAUUCGUAAGACGCUGGAGGAGCGGCAGCUGCAGGACUUGUGUGCCGACGAGGCACGGGACCCGCCGCCCCAGGAGAGGCUGGUGCUGCACCUCUUCCCUGGCGAGAACUGCACGCUGACGCCCCUGCCGGGCGUGGCCCGCGUGGCGCACUCCAAGGCCUUCUGCACAGUGCACUGGCAGGAGAGCGGCCGCUGCCGGCAGAACACCAAGGACUCCCACCUGCUGCCUCCAGCCCAGAUCCUGGGCGUCCAGGGCGGGCCGGGCCCGGCCCGGGGUCAGGGCAAGUGUCCCCGGGGCAGCGCCGAGGGCAAGGGUGGCGGUCGGCCCCCUGCGCCCACCGACGCAUCGCAGAGCUCCGGAGAGAGCUCCCCCGAGAGCGGCCCUGGGGAGGGGGCCGCCCUGAGCCUGAGCAGUCCGGACGCUGCCGACAGGCCCCCCUGCGGGCUGCAGGACAGCACAGGGGGGAGUCUUGAGAGAACCGCUACAGCGGCGCCCGCGGAGGGUGGGGACGGCCCCGCCUGCGACCCGGGUCCUCGGCCCCUGGCAGGGCCUGAGCUGUGUGCCUGUGGCCGGCUCCCAGACCUGGAGGAGGAGCUGUCCCUCCUGGACCCUGUCCCCCGCUACAUGAAGUCCUGCCAGGACCUCAUCAUCCCCGAGACGUGCCGCUGCACUGAGGCCCGGGCCGGUGGGGAGACCCCUCCCUCCAGGGGCUGCGCCUCGCCUGACGUUCUUGCCCCCAGCGGGGAUACCACGGACCUCACCCAGGCCCGGGGGACGCCCUCCGUCGGGGCCCUGCCCAGGCCAGAGCCCCAGCCAGGCGUGUGCAUCAAGGACCCGGGGGGGCCCUCAGAGGAGCCCCAGGAGAAGGGGAGCCCCCCAGAGCCCCCGCCUUCCCAGGGCCAGCCAGCUGUCAAGCCCCUGAAGGACGCCUUCCCCAGCCGGCUGGCCCAGCAGAUCCGAGAGGAGGGCUGGAGCCUGCAGAGCUCCGAGGGGCUCACGCUGGCUGAAGUCUACCUCAUGAUGGGCAAGCCCAGCAAGCUGCAGCUAGAGUACGACUGGCUGGCUGUGCGGGGCCCCGAGGGCCUGUCCACGGGGGGACGGGGACCGGGCCCCCACUCCAGCCCCAUGCCUGCCGCCUGCCACAAGCAGCGCCUCCUCGGCUGCCUCCUGAAGCUCAUCUCCACCGAGGUCAACCCUAGGCUGGGUCCAGAAGCAAACUCCGUCCCCCCGGCCUCAGCAAGGCCUGUCCAGGAGGAACCGUCGCCGACCCCCCCAGGGAAGGUGGUGACCGUGAGCUCACGCAGCCCCCGCUGUGCCCGGAACCAGGCGGCCCUCCGCGGCAGCAAGACCUUCUCUCCAGGUGCCGCGCCUUGCUCCUCAGGUUUGCGAAACCCUCCCAGACCCCUCCUGGUGGCCGGUCCCUCCAGCACAGGGAGCAGCGACUCUGACGGGGGCCUGUUCGCUGUCCCGACAACACUGCCGCCCAAUAGCCGGCACGGGAAGCUCUUCUCCCCCAGUAGAGAAGCAGAACUCACCUUCCGCCAGCAUCUGAGCUCGGUCAGCGUGAGUGCCAGGAGCGGGGACGGCCCUGGUGGUGGGGGCACCCUCGGGAGCAGGCGCUGUCGUCCUCCGCAGAUGCAGUCAGAUUUCUUCCUGCCAAAGCCCCGGAAAUUGCGGAACCGGCACCUGCGAAAGCCGUUGGUAGUCCAGAGAACGCUCCUGCCUAGACCCUCGGAAAACCAGUCCCAUAACGUCUGUCCCUUUUCCAUCCUGUCUCAUUCGUCCACCACUGGGAGAGGUUCGUUCCGGCCCAUCCAGUCUGCUCUGACCAAAGCAGCUCUAUCCCGGCCGAUUGUGCCCAAGGUGCUCCCGCCCCCGGCCACGAGCCACCUGUCCAGUGCUAUUGACCUGGCUGCCAAGAGUGCCGGCAUCAUCCCUGGGAGCCCCCUCCCCAUCCUGGACGCCGAGGGCUUGUCUGACAUCUCCCCACUGCCUUCAGACGAGGUGGCGGCUGCCAUCUCGGGCCAGGAUUCAACCAGCACCCACCAGGAUGGGGACCCCCUCUCUGCCGUGGGCGGCACGAGCGAUCCCUUCAUCAGCGUCCCCUCAAGGCCUGAGCCAGAGCCGCUGGCGGACGGCUUCCAGCAGGCUCCACCCGUGCUCUCCUUGUCCGAGCUGCCCAAAGCUCCUCUCCACAACGGCCUCUCCACCCCUCUUCCUCCGUCAGAAGGUUCCAGCACGCGGCUCUCUCCACCCAACGUGUCUGCCCUGCUGGACAUCUCCCUCCCCGGCCCACCCGAGGACGUGCUCUCACAGGGAGAGCCCGCCACGCACAUCAGUGACUCCAUCAUUGAGAUUGCCAUCAGCUCCGGCCAGUACGGUGAAGGAGUCCCUCUCUCCCCCGCAAAACUCAACGGCAGCGACAGCUCCAAGAGCCUCUCGCCCCCGCCCAGCAGCCCCCAGCCCAGCUGGAUCGCCUCGCCGCCCCACGACCCCCAGUGGUGCCCGGGCGACUCCACGGACUCCUCGCUCAGCAGCCUGUUUGCGAGCUUCAUAUCCCCCGAGAAGAGCCGCAAGAUGUUGCCGACCCCCGUGGGAACCAACAGCGGCACCUCCUUGCUGGGCCCCAGCCUGCUGGAUGGAAACUCGCGCGACUCGUUCGUGUCCAGGUCACUGGCCGACGUGGCGGAGGUGGUGGACUCCCAGCUGGCGUGCAUGAUGAAUGAGAACAGCAUCGACUACAUCUCCCGGUUCAACGACCUGGCCCAGGAGCUGUCCAUCGCCGAGCCCAGCCGCCGAGAGGUGCUGCUGGAUGGCGGUGGGGGCGGCCCCCCAGUCAGCGACCUCUCCCAGUGACAGCGCCCCGUGGCAGGGACUCCCCGGGAGCUGCGGAGGAGGGUUUACCGGGCUGUUGGCCUGUGCUGUGGCUGCUGUGGCCCUCUCCCAAACUGGAGAAAACAGAAACAAAGCUCAGGUCCCCCACCCCCAAAAGAUGGUCUGAACGGGGCACCUCUGUGUCCGGGAACGAGCAGCGUGUUCCAGUAGGCAGAGGACAGCGCUGGCCCAGGGCACGAGGACGGGCUCUCUGGUGUGGGCGCAGGGCCCCGCCCUUCCUGGGGUCCCAGGCUGGGAUCUGCGGGGAGGAUGCUGGGCCCAUGCUGCUGCUGCGGUUGCCAUGCUGGCAACCCCAGGCCCUUUUCUCGGGAGUGCCAUGGUGUAGUCACUGCAGUGGGGGCCUUGACCUCGCCUCUCUCUGCAGGGAGGCCCCAUGCCGCUGGGCUUGCUUGCCACCGGACCUCCGUCCCACUUCGUGUGUUCCCUCUGCGGAGCGACGGGCAGGCGGGAGGGGGCAGCAGGACCUGGUCUGGGCUCGGUUGGGUGCUGACCCUUGCCUAAUGCUUCUCCAUCUGGAGGUUUUGUUCUGACUGAAUUAACAGGAAGGGAGCAAGGAAUCAUGUCUGAUGCAGGUCACACAGACUUUUUAAAAACUCCUGCUAAGCUGACUGAAAACUGCUUUUCUUGGGUGUUAAGAAUGAGGAGGCGUUGAGGUAGCGUGGAGCCCGUUGAGUUGUUUCCGUCCUGUGUCCCUCCGCAAGCUUCUUCCAGGUGAUGUGGGAAGUCAUCUCUGAAUCAGGGGGAGCCCUAAGCACGAAUUUGACUACAGAUAAGACUCUCCUGAUAAGGUUUCCAACUUUUGACACGUUAACAUUUGGCAUCUGACGUCAGUCCACUUCUGCAGAAAGUCAGGGCACGCCCUGAGGCUCAAGCUGAAGCCCUCGCGGUGCCUCAGCCCCAUGACCUCCUGCUCUUCUGCCUGCUCAGACGCCUGGGCACAGGCAGAGCUCUCCAAACCAUGUCCCUCUGGUGGCCAUUCACUACCACAGCUGGUCCCGCGUCCAGUCUGCAGAGUGGAGCUCAUGAGGGCCCCUCAGAGGCCGGCAGCCGCGGCUGGGGUGGUGGGCAGGUCUUUCCCGUGCCGCCCCUCACCUGCUCCUUCACGAAACAACUCCCAGCAGCCAGGACUGAUUUGGGUUUUUUGACCCGCCAGAAGCUCCCACCAUCUCUUGCCCACUCCCCCUGCACCCCCCACUGGCUUGCGGAGGCCACACAAGGAGACCGUUCUCACUCCUGCAUCUCUAGCGGGUGCAGCUCCUCUAGACUGAAAACUUCCCCACAGAGCCAGCAGGAGGGUCAGCACAGGCAGUGGCUUCCUCCCUUCCGAGCCAAUUCCAGGCACAAACGUCACUGACAAAAGCCAGCGUGGGCAGCUCUUCCUGGCUGUUAAGAAAACUGCCUGGAGGUGUGCGGGAGGGGCACAUGGUGCCACUGUAUCAAGUGGUACAGGCAGCAGCGUUCCAGCUGGAGAAUACUUAAACUAGCACGCGCCCUGUGCCAAGGCAGCCGCUUCCUGACCUUCACACCUUGUCAGUUGGAACAGGUCCGCAGCUCUCGCUAGCCCGGGGCAUCGGGCCUCGCUGGGCUGCAGGAUGCCAGGCCCCAGGCCCAGCUCAGCCACUGAGGGUUUCCUCACGCAUCCCUGGCCUCGGGCCCCAGGCACCAAGCAGCAUGGCAGCCUCAGGGACAGGGCACCCAGUCGGUCUGGAGGGCAGGUUCCCUGGCUUUACUCAGUGACAUCUCAAGGGAGGAACUCUCUAGAGAGGCAGGCUCUCUGCUUGGCAGCACCUCCUGCUCGGGCAUCUGACAGACUCCAUUUGGCCAGUGGCUUCCCGGGGGAGGCGGGUCAAGGAGGAGGGUGGGUGAAUCUUCUCACAUAAUCAAGCCAGCACAAUUCCAGGGAAUUCCAUUGCUUCUCUAGCAACCAGGCAGGUGUAGCACUUGCUUGCCAUGACAAAGGGAAAAUGAUAUCCUUUGUAGCAGAACAAAAAUGGCUGCAUUUUCUCCCGGCCCACAUGAAUAUAUAUGUAUAAAAACAGACCACUUCUAAAGGCUGGACUUUUCAGAAGACCCCAGCAGAGAAGGCUCACACCUCCCACCUUCCCCGCUACCUCUCCUUUGGAGGUUAGGACAGCCUCUGUGAGCCCAUGGCUUCCCUUGUGCAUUUGAGCAUGUCAGGAUGGAGAUGAGAUCGGUGUCUUAGGAAAAUCUUUCCCUAGCCAUGCUAACAUCUGAGGUCUUUUUCCUGAUUCAUCUUUUCUAAAGGUUGAGGCUGAGUAUCUCUGGCUAAGGGAGGUGGCAGUUCGGGCCCCAAUUCUUCCCUGUGACUUUCACUGGCGUUCUCUCUCCAGGAGAUACAGAGGCGAGUCCCUGAGCCAAGGCAGCGCCUAGUGCCCCCUUCUCUUGUCCCCAUAUCCUCUAGGUGUCGAGUGGGGUGUGGGGACAUGGACAUGUGUCACCUGCGUCCUUGCUUUCCCACAUCUCUGGGCUCCUGGUCUCAGCACCCUGCCCUUACCGUUCCAAGCCACAGCCUCAGUGCUUGUGGUGUCCCCUCAGCUGAAGAGCAGCUUUGCCUGGACCACGAUGAGUCCAUGCUUGGUCUGCAGAGAAGUCAUGGGUACAAGACGCUGGGAGCAAGUGGGGAGGAAAACAGGAGUCGUAUUGUUUUAGAACAUUUAGCUCUGUCAGAUGUAUUUGUGAGGAAGUAAGGCACUUUUUCAUAAGGGAAAAAGGGAAGGAUUUCAAAAAAAAAAACGAGGGAAAUCCACAGCAAACCUUUUCCAACUGUCGAAGCUUUCCUGAUCUUGCAGUAAUUUGCAAGUCCUGUUAAGU